AUGUUUUAUGCUGUGGACCAGUGUGUUGAUACAGCACAGCUUCAAUUAGGAGACAACCUGAAAAUCAACCUCAACCUCAACAAGCAGCCAGCUCAAGACACUGACAUCACAUACCUGAUCCUGAGCAGAGGUCGGCUGGUGAAACAUGACCGUUACAAGACAAGGGGUCAAGCACUGAUUUCCCUGAUAGUUCCCAUCACCAAAGACAUGCUGCCAUCUUUCCGCAUUGUAGCCUACUACCACACAAAUGACAAUGAAGUGGUAUCAGACUCUGUUUGGGUGGAUGUCAAGGACUCCUGCAUGGGCACGCUAAGGUUGGAACCAUCAAGACCUGCUCCGUCCUAUGAGCCUGGCAGGAUUUUUGGUCUGAAGGUGACAGGAGAUCCAGAGGCCACAGUGGGACUGGUGGCAGUUGACAAAGGCGUCUAUGUCCUAAACAACAAGCACCGCCUCACCCAGAAAAAGGUGUGGGACACUGUAGAGAAGUACGACACAGGUUGCACACCAGGUGGAGGGAAGAACAGUAUGAGUGUGUUCUACGAUGCCGGGUUGUUGUUUGAGUCCAGCACUGCCUCUGGGACUCCCUACAGAGAAG